CUAGUGCUGGGAUUACAGGUGUGUGCCACCACCCCCAGCGAGAAAGGUCACUUCAGACUGAAGCCCUCGUGGCCAAUUCUGGGAUCAGUGAGAUUUAUCCACAAAGGUGUAUCGAUCGUUAUUUAUUAUUUAGAAAACUAAUGCCCCAGCACCCUGGCCUCGGUGGUGAGGCAGGGGCAGGGAGGAGCUCUGCCCCCACCUGGGCCUUGUGGGGUGUAGGGGUGACCAGGGCCCGUGGAAUCUGGGCCUAGCCCCACUUCCUUCCUGGGGCCGUGACCCAGGGACUCCUUGCUGAGCCACGGCCUGGAUUCGUGGUCACUGAGUCACCCGCCUUGGCAGUGCCCCUCAGCGCCUAAACUGUGGCUGCCGCCCACCUGAGGACCAGGGGUGAGCCAGCAGCUGUGUUCCAGUGGCUGGGGCCACCUGAUCUCAGGAACCCCAGCCUUGAGUCCCGCCCCAGGGCCACACCCUUCCCUAGGAGGGAAAAGGCGGCUGCUCGCUGCACACACAGGCACCGGCAGGACUGGGAGGACAGACGCCACUGCUGCUACUGCAGCCUGGCCAUGGACCCCCAUGAGAUGGUCGUCAAGAACCCGUAUACGCAUAUCAGCAUCCCCCGGGCUCACCUGCGGCCCGACCUGGGACAGCAGUUAGACGAAGCUCCCUCCUCAUCCUCAUCCUCGGAGACUCCGCCUCUGCCAACAGUGGCCUGCACCCCAGGGCCGGCUCGCAUCCUGCAGCCCAUUGAGGCUGAAGAGCCCAAGGGGGCCAAGGGGGCCAAGGGGGCUGUGCUCAGCCAGAGCCAGCAGUCCUGGGAGCAGCCCUACAAUCCCUACAGCAGUGGGCAGCGCCCAGCAGGACUGACCUAUGCCGGCCGGCCGCCCAUGGGGCGUGGCGAUGACAUUGCCCACCACUGCUGCUGCUGCCCCUGCUGCUCUUGCUGCCACUGCCCGCCAUUCUGCCGCUGUCACAGCUGCUGCUGUGUCAUCCUCUAGCCCACCCACCGUGUGGCAUGCUGCUUGUGGCCACGGUGGUGCCGGACAUUGGAGGCAGCCAUUGUCACGGGCUCUGCCCACUUCCUGCCCUGGAUGUGGCAGGCUGCCGGCUCAGCAGGGCCCUGUGGAGCAGUCAUGGGCACUGGCCGUGGGGCCAGCAACAGGGAUCCCCUUGGCUACUGGCUGCAAGGCCCCAGCAAUAAAGCAGGCUGAGCUUUG